GUUUAAUUACGGUAUGUGCAUUAUAUCAAUUCACAUGAAAGUAUACAUACACUUAUAUUGACUAUUUGUAACAAAUUGAAUAAGAUGCCAAAGUUUUUAAUUUCAUCCGUGAAAAGUAAGCAGUACCAAUUUUGAAACCCACUGGAAAACAUGUGUAGGAAACUUCGUAAACUUUCAAUGACGCUAUUCAAGACUGUGUCUAUUCUUUCUAUCAUCUGUAUUCUUGUAAAUUUGUCUUCCAAUUCUAGUCAACAAUCAAAACUUGUGAAAUCAUUUGACAAGGAGUCUUAUGCAAGAUUGUACGCUGAUAACUUUCGGGUUAACUCUAAUCUUUCUCAUAUGGUGUCACUAGCAAAUACGAGUUCAGCUGUAGUUAAAAACAAUACAACAACAGUUCUUGUUGAAAAUCAUACCACAAAAGUUGCAGUUAUAAACAAUACUACAAAAAGAACGCCAAUUUAUGAAUAUUCGUUUUCAUACCUUCAUGUUCCUGUUCAAGUGUGUAAAUCAAAUGGUGCUAAGUUUGAUCCUUUCUUGCUAUUUGUGGUAAAAUCUGAUGUUAACCAAAUCGCCCAUCGAGAAGCAAUACGGAAGACGUGGGGAAAUACGUCUAACCCUGGAAUAAAACUGGUUUUCAUCUUAGGAUAUUCACCGUUAAUGAAACCCUUUAUUCAAAUGGAAAGUAACAUGUAUAAGGACAUCAUUCAGCAAGAUUUUGUAGACGCUUACCAGAAUAAUACAUUGAAAACGAUAAUGGCUUUCUCAUGGGUUUCUACCCAUUGCAGUGAUGCAAAGUAUAUCUUUUUUGUAGAUGACGACUACAUUGUCAAUACCAAAUACAUUUGGGAUCAUUUAAAUAGAUUGUAUAGGGCUAAAAAGCGUAGUGUGUUCUUGGGACACGUCUGGAAAAAUGCCAAACCUUCUAGGAAUGCUAAAUCUAAAUGGUUUAUAACAAAAGGUGAGUUUAAGGAUGAUUUUUGGCCACCAUAUGCCAGUGGCGGAUCCCUAGUAUUGACCAUUGAUAUCAUUGAUAAACUAUUGACUCAGUUCAAAUUUAUGAAGCCAAUGUUUAUAGAUGACGUAUACAUAGGUCUUGCAUGUAAAGAGUUAAAGAUUUCUCUUACUCAGGAAAAGAGAUUUUGGCGUUAUUAUCAACCAGGUAAAAUGAACUAUUUAUUUUCAUCACAUGGAUUCACCUCUCCAAGGCAAUUAAUUGAAGACUGGAAAAAGUAUCAUAUUCAAUAUGAUAUGGUAGUGUAAAAUACUUGCUUGUUUUCCUACUUUGUAAUGUAAAAUAUUUGCACAUACUAUUAGUUAAUCAUAUUAAAAGAAAUGAACAGUUGCAGUGUUGCAAAAAGGAAAUGCUCUCUUCACAAAAUUGUAAAACUUUCUGAUAAAUAACAAUAUUAGAUUUUGU